AUGCCUGAAAAAUUAUUUAUCUCAAAGAAAGGUGAAUUUUGUGAUAAAGAUGGUAAUGUUGUUGUACUAAGAGGUGUAAACUUGGACCCUAAUGCGAAAUUACCCGCUAAACCUGAUCUAACUACACAUGUACCAAUAAAAAAUGACGAAUUUUGGGAUUUAGCAGAUGACGUCAGUUUCAUUAAUCAUCCUUUCAUAUUAGACGAAGUUGAAUCACAUAUUAAUAGGGUAAAAUCUUUGGGAUAUAAUCAUAUUAGGUUUCCAUUUUCUUGGGAAUCAAUUGAACAUAAAGGACCUGGAAUAUACGAUUAUGAAUUUAUGGAUUAUGUAAUAGAAGUAUUGAAAAUUAUUGAUAAAGUUGGUGGUGUUUAUGUAUACCUUGACCCACAUCAGGAUGUUUGGUCUAGAUUUACAGGUGGUUCAGGUGCUCCCUAUUGGACGUUAUUAUGUGCAGGGUUUCAACCAAAGAGAUUUCGAAAGAAUGAAGCGGCAAUUGUUCAUAAUACCUUAAUAAAUGUAAGGACAGGUAAAGAUAAUAUUAGCGAUUUUCCAAAGAUGGUAUGGGCUACCAAUUAUUACAAACUGGCUUGUCAAACUAUGUUUACAUUAUUCUUUGGAGGGAAACAUUUUGCGCCUAAAUGUUUGAUUAAUGGUAUGAAUAUUCAAGAUUAUUUGCAAGAGACAUUUUUAAAUGCAAUAUUAGAAUUUUAUAAAAGGAUCCAGGAACGUGCACCUGAAUUAUUUGAAUCUAAUUGUAUCAUUGGUUUAGAAAGUAUAAAUGAACCGAGCCAUGGUUAUAUUGGUACUACUAAUUUAAAUGAGAUUGAAAAGGAAAGAAAUUUAAGAUUAGGUUCUACUCCUACUGGAUUUCAAUCUUUUAUGUUAGGGGAAGGUAUUAAUACAACGAUUGAUAAAUAUGAAAUUACUGUAUUUGGACCAUCAAAAUCUGGAACGAAAAAUGUUCUUUGUCAAGGUGAAAGUGCGUGGUUAACAAAGGAUGAAAGAGAUAUUGUAGAUUCUAAAUAUGGUUGGUCUAGAAAUGAUGAAUGGUCACCUGGUAUAUGUAUAUGGAGACUACAUAAAGUUUGGAAAAUUGAUCAAUCCGGACCUAAAUUAUUAAAACCUGAUUAUUUUGCUAAAUUACAUAACCCAGAGACUCUAGCCACAGAUACCGUUGUCAAUGAACGAUAUUUCAUGAAUAACCUUUUCACUCAUUAUUUUAAUAAUUUCCAUCGUAAGUUUAGAAAAAUAGACAAAGAAUCGUUUGUAUUAAUUCAACCUCCCGUAUUUAAAUCUCCUCCACACUUGAGACAACUAGAUAUCAUCAUUGGGAAAACCAUUUGUGCAUGUCAUUUUUAUGAUGGGUUAUCUCUAAUGUAUAAGACUUGGAAUCGAUUUUUCAAUGUGGAUACGUUUGGAAUUGUUCGUGGUAAUUAUUCAAAUCCAAUGUUUAGUGUUGUGUUAGGUGAAUCUAGAAUUCGUGAUUCAUUUCAAUCGCAAUUGAAAUUGAUGAAACAGGAAGUACAUGAAAUCCUUGGGAAGGAUGUACCAACAUUUUUCACAGAGAUUGGGAUGCCCUAUGAUAUGGAUAACAAGAAAGCUUACUUCUCUGGAGACUAUACAUCUCAAACAAAAGCCAUGAAUGCUAUUGCUCACGCAUUAGAAGGUAAUAAUCUUUCAUUCAGUCUUUGGUGUUAUUCUUCUGGAAAUAAUCAUCGUUGGGGGGAUAAUUGGAAUAAUGAAGAUUUCUCUAUCUUUUCAAACGAUGAUCGUAAGGAUACACCACAAGAACCAAUAUCAAGAUCGGGAUCUCCACAAUUAAGUGUAAAAUCCCUAAUGAGUAGUAGUAGUGGUAGUAGCAAUGGAUCAAAAUUUAUUACCAAGACAGCAGCAUUUGAAGAUAUCAAAUGGCCACCUGCUCCUCGAUUGGAGCAACUAGAUUUCAAUGGGUUCCGUGGUACAGAUGCAUUGGUAAGACCAUUCCCAUUAAAGAUACAUGGUCAAUUUAUAUCUGCAAAGUUUGAUCUUGAGAUUAAAAGUUAUUCAUUGAAGAUACACGCAAAAGCCAGUUCUAAUGCAGCAAAUACUACUAAGAACGCUACAUACAUUUUCUUACCAAAAUAUCAUUUUGAUAUUGAUCGUAUCAAUAUUGGCACAUCUUCUGGUACAUUUUUGUACAAUGAAGAAUAUCAACUUUUAAAAUGGCAUCAUGAUGCAGGUCACCAAUCAAUUGUAAUUACUACAAAAAAUAAAUUCAAUAAAGACGAUGGAUGUAUUAUUAUAUAA